AUGUACGCAGGACGCAAGCGGAGGAAACCCGUCCAGAGAGCCUCGGAAACAACUUUGGAAGAAAGAAAGUCCCGUCCUGGAUGGUUCUGGGGGCGAAGUUCACCAUUGACCCCCCCGCUCUCCAUCUCCCGCAGGGGUGAAGCACGCCCCGGCCGAAGGGGCCAAGUCCAACCCGUCCAAGCGGCACCGGGACCGGCUGAACGGCGAGCUGGAGCGGCUGGCCGGCCUGCUGCCGUUCCCGAGGAGGUCACCGCCGGCCUGGACAAGCUGUCCAUCCUCCGCCUGAGUGUCAGCUUCCUGCGGGCCAAGAACUUCUUCUCCGUCACCCUGACCGGAGCGACUCCAGCUGCUGUGAGCGGUGACGGCGAUGACGCGUCAGCGGCGGCGGAGGCCCAGACCCCCGAAGGCGAGCUGCUGCUGCAGGCUCUCAACGGUUUCGUCAUGGUCCUCACAGCCAGUGGGACCAUCUUCUACUCGUCUCACACCAUCCAGGACUACUUGGGCUUCCACCAGACCGACGUCAUGCACCAGAGUGUCUACGAGCUGGUCCACACGGAGGACCAGCAGGAGCUCAGGAGGAACCUGCACUGGGCUCUGAAUCCUCCUCCAGCCGCUGCACCCGCCGUCACCCAGGACUCCCCCCGAGAGAUGGAGGCCGGCGGCGGCUCCUCCGUGGUCACCUACAGCCCCGAGCAGCUGCCCCCGGAGAACUCGUCCUUCCUGGAGAGGAGCUUCGUGUGUCGCUUCCGCUGCCUGCUGGACAACUCCUCCGGCUUCCUGGCCUUGAACGUCCAGGGCCGGCUCAAGUUCCUCCACGGGCAGAAGAACGGGGGGAAGGCCGCGCCCCAGCUGGCCCUCUUCGCCAUCGCGACUCCUCUGCAGCCUCCGUCCAUCCUGGAGAUCCGCACCAAGAACAUGAUCUUCAGGACCAAACACCAGCUGGACUUCACGCCUUUGGCCUGCGACGCAAAGGGGAAGAUAGUGCUCGGGUACACCGAGGCUGAGCUGCGGGUCCGAGGAUCUGGGUACCAGUUCAUCCACGCGGCCGACAUGCUGUACUGCGCCGAGAACCACGUCAGGAUGAUGAAAACCGGGGAGAGCGGCCUGACGGUGUUCAGGCUCCUCACCAAGGAGAACCUCUGGAAAUGGGUGCAGGCCAACGCCAGGCUGGUGUACAAAAACGGCAAACCCGAUUACAUCAUCGCCACCCAGAGGCCCCUCCUGGACGAGGAGGGAGGAGAGCACCUGCGUAAGCGCUCCAUGCACCUGCCCUUCACCUACGCUACCGGGGAGGCCCUGCUCUACCAGUCCAACCAUCCCAUCGCAGCCUUCAGAGACGGCGGCCACGAGAAGAACGGCACCAAGUCCAAGAAGAGCCGGACUGAGAGGCUGGUGAGGCACGGCCUGGACCCGGGCUCCCUCCUCGGGGCGCUCAUGAGUCAGGACGAGUCGGUGUACGUCUGCCAGCCCGCCGCCGAGCCCAAGGUGACCUUGCACAGCUUCUUCGGCGAGCAGACGGUGGGCUUCUCGGAACCCGAACCCGCCGGCGCGCCCCGCCGCUGGGACGAGCCGAGCGGCGGCGGCUUCGACCCGCUGCUGUCCACCCUGGACGGCCUGUCCCUGGAGGGCCUGGAGGUGGCGGACGGCGAGGAGGCGGGCGACCUGUUCGGCGCCCUGGAGGGCCUGGGGCUGAGCGCCGAGGACCUGGAGCUGCUGCUGCUGGACGAGCGGAUGAUCAGGGUGGAGAUGGACCCGGAGCGCGUGCCCGCCCUGGACGACCUGCUGACUAACGACGAGAUCCUUUCGUACAUCUACGACUCCAUGGAGGCGGAGGCCGGAGGGGCGCCUCCGGGCUCCGCCUCGCCGCCCGAAAGCGCCGCCGCCUCCUCCUCCGGCGCCAACGUGCAAAUGCAGUUUCCUCACCACAAGCCUCCCGCGGCGGCGCACGCCCCCAUCCUGCAGCUGUCCCAGCAGAUGCAGCAGCACCUCAACAUGCGCGCCUGGGACCAGCGGGGCGGCCAUUCGGCGAGCGCCGCAGCGGCCAACGGGCACGCUACGGGCGCCCUGGUGGAACACUUCAGAGCGGCUUUCAGCGGCGAGGCGCCGACGCCGGAGGGAGAGCUCCAUCAGACGCACCAACGCUACCUCCAGCUGCAGCAUCUCGCGCAGCGGCGCCACGCCGACCAGAAGGUCGCCGCCGCCGCCGCCGGCCCCAACGGGGAAUCCCAGUGGCGGGACUACGGGCGCCGCGCGGACGCGGGGGGCGGCUCCUGCCUGGAGAACGGCGCGGAGUGCGGCGCGAGCGGGGGUGGUCCGUUCGGGGGGAAGGUCAUCCGCGGCCCGUCGCAGUGCCCCGCCCCCAACGCCACCCUGGAGCAGAUCCUGGCAGCGGCGGCCCCCGAGGUCCCCCUCGGCCCCGCCCCCCACAAGGUGGAGAACGGCUGCCUGCUGAACGGCGCUUACCCAGGGGGCCGCGCUCUGGCCAGCAGGAACGGCACAGCGCCCCCUGCUGCCCAGAUGCCCGAGACUCUGUCCUGCCUCCCCGACCCGCCGGCCUCCAGCUUCUACCUUUGACAAGCGCGAAGGGGGGGGGGGGGUUGGGGGGGCCUUAAACUUCCACACGAGCUGAACAAACGCAGGCCUGUAGUUUGGGCUUUUUGGUUUCCAAUUUGUACUUUGUGUGUGUGUGUGUGUGUGUGUGUGUGUGUGUGUUGUAUUCCGAGUCCCACUAUCAUACGAGUCCUUUGUUUACAAUGAUGCAGUUGAGAGAGCUCCGUUUGUUUGUAUCACAGAAAAAGUGAAUAUGAGAUUUCUUCAAAACGAGUUUCACAAAUCUUCAGAAACACAAAGCAGAAUUUAAUACAAAUAAUAGUUCUGUCAUCUGUUAUUUUAUUUUUUUUGGUUAUAUUUUAUACUCUGUGAAAACAAAAGAAGGAAGACCUUUUCCUAAAAUAUUCAUGUUGUGUGUUGACAUGACAGAAAUCAGUUUAUUACUCAAAAUAAAUAGGUAAAUACCACUUUAUUAGUACAUUUAGGGAUUUUAUUUUUAGCAUCUGCUGAUUCCAGACUUUUUUGGACCGUCGGAGGGACAGAAGGACACGGGUGGAGACGAGAGGAGACGUGGAGACGGGAGGAGACGGGAGGACACGGGUGGAGACGGGAGGACACGGGUGGAGACGGGAGGAGACGGGAGGACACGGGUGGAGACGGGAGGACACGGGUGGAGACGGGAGGACACGGGUGGAGACGGGAGGACACAGGUGGAGACGGGAGGAGAUGGGAGGACACGGGUGGAGACGGGUGGAGACGGGAGGAAUGUACCGAGGACUGAGGGAGCAUCAGAUGCAGUGUCAUGUGACGUCGGUACUUCCUGUUUUCAAUCGUCAGUCGGCCGGCUUUGUGUCGCACGCACACGGACAGACACACACACACACACACACGCAGGCCUGCAGGCUGUGUGGUUUUCCGCCACGUCACAAGAAUGUAAUAUUUCAUUUCCUCCGCUCUUGGUCCAUAAGUGUUUAGUUUUUUAACUGUAUAAUAUGGAAAUGAUGGCUAGAAAUACGGUGCACUUUAUGUCCAGCGUCUACUCGAUGCAGAUGUGCGUUCUGGUGGGCCCAGGUGUGUCCCUCCUUUGGGGCACACCUCAGGUGACGGGUUAAUGUCCUCACGAGCACAAACACGUCUUUAUCUUCCUGCACUCGGAGCUUUGUUGUUGUUGUUGUUGUUGCGUCGUCUCCUUUCAACUGACUCUGAUAGAAGUCCAUUCAUUUCGUUUGUUUCCGUGUUUAUUAACGUCCUCGAAUGUCCUCGAGUUGACGCGUGAGACAUAAGAGAAGAAAACGUCCCGCUCGGUGGUUCACCGUCUCAUGAAGGUUGGGGGGGUCAAAGGUCGAUGCACAGAGAUGAACUCCUACGUGGCUUUGUUUUUUUUUGGGGGGG